AUGAUCUUAUAUUGGGAUAACCAAACUAUUGAAAGAAUAUAUCAAUUAAUAGGAAAGUUACAAGAAGAUCGUAUACAAGCUCAAAAGAAUAUUAAAAAAUCUCAGAAGUACCAAAAGAAGAGACAUGAACAGAAUUUAAAAGAGAUAAUUAAAUAUAAGAUUGGAGAUCUUGUCUUGUUAUAUCGAAUUUUAAGCAAUGGAGCAUACAAGUUACGAACAUUAGACCGAAAAAUACUUAAGAAACCUAUAAACAGUGACCAAUUAAAACUUUAUUAUCAAAAACUAUUACUGAUACUACAAGUUAUUAUAGAAGAUUAG